UGAACUGAAGAUGAACUUUGUCGCGGGAGUGGCAGACAAGGACACCAUUUCCAGGGGCUGAAAAUGGCAGCUGCUCCAAGUUCUACCACCGAAAGCCACAGAAUCCUGGAGGACUAUCUCUCCUGUGGAAUCUGCUUUGAGCCUUUCACGAAGCCCAAAGCACUACCCUGUCUGCACACCUUCUGUUCGAGGUGUUUAGAGAGCCAACAUAAAAAAUGGUUGGAGGAUUGCAGAAAGAAGCCACCUCAAGAACAGCAACCAUUCAGGUGCUCAAUCUGUCGAGAACCUGUGACUUUGACCUCUAAGGGAGUUGCAGGACUUCCUGACAACCAUGAUCUGGCCAACCUGUGUGAGGAAUUCUCCAAGAAAACUCAGGUGGGAGAACAGAAGAACAGGUGUGGAUUUCACCCAACAAAAGAAGUAGAUCUGUUCUGCCAGCAGUGUGACGUACUUAUUUGUAGUGAGUGUAUCGGAGAUGGCCACCCUGGGCACAACAUCACGGGCGUAAAACAGGCUGCACCACAGAUAAAAGCCAACAUCAGGGCACAGCUCAAGAAGGGACAACAGAAGAUGGAAGCCUUCUCAACUUUCCUCAAGAACAUUCAAGAUGUUCAAAAAAGGCUGACAGACAACAAGACAGAAACCCUACAGGAAAUCAACAAAGCUUUCGAUGAACAGGUACAGAAGUUACAAAAACAGAGGGAUGGGCUCUUGGCUACUGUGGACAAGACUCAUCAGGACAACAUGGCAGCUCUGACAGGACCAAGAGACACUGUGCUGACUCAGCUGGCUGAACUGUCCAGGGUUUGUGAAGAUGCAGAAAAGCGUUUGGAGCAAGAAGAGGUGGUGUGGCUAUCACAGGACUUGAACUUGGGAGAGAAACUUGCAAAGUUUGAGAACACUCAAAUUCCUGAAGUCUGUGAAACUAAACUUUCUUCUUUUGAACCAAAGAAAUCUGGUACACUGAUAGAGCUGGGAAAGGUAACAACAAAAAACAUGUCAAACAAGAUGGCUCUAGUUCUGUCCAAAAACGAAAGUUCUGGAAAAGCUAGAAGUACAAAUGUCAGACCAAUCAGGGUGGGACAACCAUGGGUGAGGAAAGUCAGGUUUGGUGGAAUGGGAUCAGGUAGGGGGGGAUUUAAAGGUCCUUUGGGAGUAGCUGUCUCACAAGACAAUGAGGUUUACAUUACUGAUUAUGGUAACAGCAGAAUCCAGGUGUUCACAAUGGAUGGUGUUUAUAUCAGAGAGUUCACAACAACUCUGCCAGGGGAAACUGGUGAAAAGUUAGCACCACAUGAUGUUGCUGUAGAUAGAAAUGACAACCUGUGGGUGGUGAGUAAGGAUCAUGUAGUGCAGUAUUCCAGGGAAGGCACCUGUUUGGCCACAAUAGAUCUGCCACAUGUUAGAUACUUCCGUAGCAUAACUGUAUCUAUGGCAACAGAACAGGUGAUUGUUACAGAGUGUGUUGGGCAGAAUGGUGAACUUCGAGUGUUUAACCAAGAUGGUUCUGAGGUGGGGACAUUUGGUUCAGGUCAUAGGUCACCAGAGCCUUGGUUUCCACAAUAUGUCACUGUGGAUGGGGAGGGGAACAUUCUGGUCACUGAUGGCAACAAUGACUGUGUCCAUGUGUUGGACAGAGAGAGGAACUUCAAGUUCAAGUUUGGGAGUAAAGGAUCUGAUAAAAGUCAUCUGAAUGAUGUUCGGGGCAUUUGUGUUGAUGGGAUGGGAAACAUCAUUGUGGCUGACAAUGGAAAUGGUUGUGUGAAAAUGUUUGACAGUCAGGGCAGAUUUCUGUGUUACAUUGUAAGUGGUAUGGAGGAUCCCAUGGCUGUUACUGUGUCACCAGGUGGAGAUGUGGUGGUGACUGAUUAUGACAAUCAUACUGUAUCAGUCUGGACACAGCGUUAGUGCUGUACCAUAGGGGAAAAUCACAAUGUAAUAAAUGUUGCCAUAUGUAACGUUACAUAUUAGCGUUCAAAAUCAUCAUACUUUCUUGUUUAUGCUGUACUUCAUAUUUCCCAGAGCUGGAAGCUGUAGGUCUGAUACCAAUUACUGAUAUAAUUUUACUAUAGUCAAUAUUGACAAAAAACCCCCAUAGAUUUCCUAUUA